AUGGCGCAACCACAGCGGACGGCGACAUCGAUCAUGACGAGUCGCGACGACACAAGGCCAUUUCGGCAUUCGCAUGCGCCAGGGGAGCAUGCUGCGCUCAUCCAGUCUCGCGAGACGGGUGAGGUGCUCCCGGAGGACAUCCCGCGGGGUCAGGUCAAGGCGCUUCCAUUUGCCAAGUCCUGGGUGCACUUGUUUGCUGGAGCAGUUGGCGGCAUGACUGCCGCAACGCUUACGGCGCCCCUCGACGUCCUCAAGACCAGACUGCAGUCCGACAUCUACCAGGCCCAGCUGCGAGCCAAGGCGCAAACCAUAGGCCCGCUGAACCCGGCGCGCGCCGCACUAUACCACCUCACGGACACGCUGCAGAUUCUGCGCGGCGUAUACCAGACCGAGGGCGCCCGAGCGCUUUUCAAGGGUCUUGGACCGAACCUGAUCGGCGUGGUGCCCGCGCGGAGUAUCAACUUCUACGUCUACGGAAACGGCAAACGACUGCUGGCUGAGCACUGGAACCGCGGCGAGGAGGCGCCGUGGGUGCACAUGGUGUCGGGCGUCGUCGCGGGCGUGGCGACGUCGACAGCGACAAACCCCAUCUGGAUGGUCAAGACGCGGUUGCAGCUCGACAAGAACGUGUCGGAGCGGAGCGGCGGGGCGAUGCAGCGGCAAUACCGCAACAGCUUCGACUGCGUGCGCCAGAUUGUUCGCGGCGAGGGCCUGCGCGGUCUGUACAAGGGCAUGAGCGCAAGCUACCUGGGCGUCGCCGAGUCGACGCUGCAGUGGAUGCUGUACGAGCAGAUGAAGGCGUCGCUGGCGCGCAGGGAGGCGCGUAUCGUGGAAAGCGGCCGGGAGAAGACGCUGUCGGACCGUGUCAUCGACUGGACGGGCAAGGUGGGCGCCGCGGGAGGUGCCAAGCUGAUAGCCGCCGUCCUGGCUUAUCCCCACGAGGUCGCGCGCACGCGUCUCCGACAAGUACCACUAGACGGCGGUCGCCCGAAAUACACGGGCUUGGUGCAGUGCUUCAAGCUGGUGUGGAAGGAGGAGGGUCUGAUGGGCUUGUACGGCGGCCUGACGCCGCAUCUGAUGCGGACGGUGCCCAGCGCGGCCAUCAUGUUUGGCAUGUACGAGGGCAUCUUGCGCCUGUUCAACACGCCGGCCUAG